GAUCGACCGAACUCCACCCCUGACCUCAUCCCAUCGCUCCGUCGACGCCCCUACCGUGGUACCUCGUAUUUUUCGCGUCUGGCUCCCUGCACGCUCGCGGCUUGCCGAAUCAUGAUGUAGCGGUCAAUAUUGGCUGGUUCGCUAGACCCCCUAACAGCUGUUAGCCAAGAUUUCGUUGGCAGAGAACCGUGAUCCGCGCCACUCCUCGCAGUCCCGGCACUCCCCCAGAUUACCGUCCAUCGUUUGGGCUCCCGGAUCUGGAACAGUCAACUCUGUUUAUUCGGAAAUGCGACUUUGACGUUGCGGUCCGAUCGACAUGAACGCUGCCUGGUUGAAAGUCCUGUAAUUUGGACUCUUCACACAUGAUCUAAUACUUUUCUGGUUUCUUUUUUCUAUACCUACGUUCGCUACCACAAUGACCACUUCCCAAGCUGUUGCGCCAUACAGCGUCCCUCCCUCGCAGCACUUUGACGGCAAUGAUGGAAGUUGGAGCACGUUCGCAAUCAGUGUCGGCAUACCAGGACAAGACUUCCGCGUCCUCCCGUCCACCAAGAGCGGCGUCACAUACGUUAUCGCGCCCGAGGGGUGCAGUCAACCGACGGACCCCACGAAUUGUGCAAACUUGCGCGGCGCAGAGAUAUUCGGCUCCACACAGAACACAGGGUUCCAGGUCGCACGAUCAACACAAUGGUCGGCCAUAGGACAGUAUGGUGUGGAUCUGGAGGAUGCGCUGAACAUGACAGCCGAGGGCCUGUUCGGAUAUGACCAUGUUGCGCUUGGUCCUGCUGCGGACACGAACUCAGACGGCAACGUCAUUGCGAUUGACCGCCAAGUCGUCGCUGCGAUUGCGGACAUGGACUACUUUAUGGGUGUGCUACCACUGGGUCAGGCAGAAUCGAGUUUCUCGAGCUUGAGCGAGCCUCAGGAGUCCCUCAUCUGGAAUCUCCGCAAUAGCUCUCGGAUACCUAGUCUGUCCUACGCCUAUACAGCUGGCGCAAAAUAUGAAUCUAAAUCGGUGUUUGGGAGCUUGAUCUUGGGUGGUUACGACUCGACACGAUUUACGCCGAAUGCGAACGAUUUUUCCUUCACCUUCUCGUCGGACCCUUCAAGGCUACUUACAGUUGGAGUGGAGAGUGUUAUGGCAACGAACACAUUAAAGGGAACAUUCUCGCUUUCUUCUGGAGCACACUUCUCGGUUAUUGACUCGACCGCAACUCAACUAUGGCUCCCAACCGAUAUAUGCACGCAAUUCGAGGAAGCCUUUGGUCUCACGUACGAUCCAUAUACGGAUCUCUACCUCGUAAACGACACUAUACACACUAAUCUUACGACCCUAAAUCCUAUAAUUACGAUAAAGCUAGUAAACUCAUUGCAGGACACAGCGACGAAUUACACGAAUAUCGAGCUCCCUUACGCCGCAUUCGAUCUUCAGGCGUCAUACCCAUACUAUACAAAUGCCACACGAUACUUCCCCAUCCGUCGCGCCGCCAACGACACACAGUACGUGCUGGGGCGUACAUUAUUGCAAGAGGCAUAUUUAAUAGUUGAUUACGAACGAGGGAACUUCACUGUCGCCCCUGCUGUUUUCCCCGAUCCACUUCCAGCUGCACAGAUCAUCACCAUUAAAUCACUAGCAGACGGACAAUCCAAAAGUAGCUCCUCAUCGUCGCUCGGCGCCGGUGCUAUAGCUGGAAUCGCGGUUGGCGCUGCCCUCCUGCUUGCCAUCAUCGGUCUCGCAGCAUUCUGCUUCACCCGCAAGCGACGCCGCGGCGCCCAAAAAUACGAGCUCGCCGCCAGCGAAGCCAAAGAUGCAGGCUCGGACGCCCACCUGACCGGUGCAGGCAGCAACGCUGCUCUCAAAGCUCGCGUACCGCUGCCUCCACAAGAGAUGGGCGGUACGCCGCUCACUGAGCUUGCUUCGCCCGCAGUCCUGGCGUUUCCCACAGAUCACAAGCGUGUCAUUAGCAUGAACAGCGCGCCGGUUGAAUUGCAUGCUGACAGCGCUGUGCCUCGGACGCCGGCGAGUGCGACAAAGUGGGAGGAGGUGCGCACAAGUGGGUAUGAUUCUGCUGAACGCGAUGGGGAGAGCAGUGCCAUACCAACAGAGAACAUGAGCUGGGCGCCUAGCGAUGAUGCCACCAUGAUCAAUUCGCCGAGGAGCGCUGGACAUGGCACAGGAGUCAGCCCGUUGACAGAGACAUUUGGGAAACGCUAGCUGAGUGUUACAAGAGGCGUUUUACGUUUAGCAUGUACGAAAGCACUAUUUAUGUUGAUAGAUACCACUUAUAUAUACGGGUGGGCUUUGGCUGGGUCUGUCGCAUUCGCGGCGUGGUAAUAAUGAAAAGCCAUACACACAUACACACCAAGUAUACUUCCUCUCCCCUCACCUCCCCAACCUACCCCGGAACCAUGAACACGCAGCGACCCUCAAC